GAAAUGCUGACUGUUUCAAUAGUUUGAAAGAUAAGAAUCUAAUAUGAUGACUGGUAAUAGAUAAUUUAAGCCAAAUAAAGAAUACUUAUAAGAAUAGAGAUAUAUUUUGAAUCCACCAUAAAUUCAAGAAUAUUCCAAAUAUAAAUUAAAUAUCCCGAAAAAUACAAGAAUCUAACUAAGUUAACUGCUAAUUCAAUUACAUUAUAAACAGAUAAUAUUAGUCACUCGAAUAUAUGAUUAUAUGAUUUUUCAAGGAUGUCCCUUCAACCAAAAAGACGACGCGAUAUGCUUUUUUAAGGAGGACCCAUUAAAUUAAAUGGGACACUUUAAGUUGUAGAUUUGGUCCAUCCAAAAAGUAAAAUGGUAUAGAUUUGGUUAAUAAAAUGAUACAGAUAUCAAAAAUAUUAAUUAGAUCUCAGUAACACUUUACUAUGUUGAGGUGCUAAGUAAGUCUUCUUUAUUAUAAUUUCUAUAUUGA